UGUAUUUAUGAAUAAUACGGAAGAGGAUGAUGGCCUUCCUGUUGCACAUUCACAUAUUCAUGCUUCUUUACCUGUGGCUUCUUCUCUCAACUCAAGACAACGUUCUGAACAAAUAUCUAAUCUUGGUCAGGGAGAAGCUAUAUACUCCUUCCCUAGUGGAAACGAAAAUGGCCAAAGGAAUAUGCUUCCAGUUGCAUAUUCAACCGAUACGUUUCAUCACAACCCUAACGAAAGGUCUAAUAUUUCUCGAACUAACGUAAGAGAAGAUAGAACAAACGUAUUUACUCCGGAUGCUCCGAGAAACUUUUAUAGAAGUCACUCAACUCCUAUUCGUUGUAUAUGUCCCUUUUGUGGCGUAUUAUUAUUGGUUCAAAGGAGUUAUGGACUUAUUCAGUGUGGAAAUUGUCGUUCUUUAUUAUCAUUGGGUGAAAAUGGAGUUCCUUCUGUUGAUUUGUUAUUGCAGUCUCAUAGUAUUGGAACUUGUUAUGGUUGCAAUCGCUUUAUUAUAUUUCCUUCUGGAGCGACGAGUGUUCGUUGUGGAGGUUGUGGUACUAUUACUGUUAUGACUCCUCGAAAUAUGUUAUCUUCUGCUAUGUCUUCUACAAGUAGCACUAGUCGUACUGGCACACCAUCGAAUCAAAGAUCGACUUCCUCUCACAUACAAAGAAGUUUGUCCAAUUCCUAUUCCGGAGCAAAUGAUAUUGCCACUGCUACAAACAGUUUGGAUUCUUCUAACGUUGAUCGAUCUAGACCUACACGUCAUUGUAUUUGUCGUAAAUGUGGUAUUCGACUUUUGUUUCAAGGUUCUCCACAACGUGUUCAAUGCGGCUCCUGCGGUUUUGUUACUACUUUGAUUGAACCACUUCCAACAAAUUCAGGUGUAGUCAUUCUGGAAAAUCCUUCGACAGAAGCGACACCCAAGUUGCUAUUUGGGAAACUCAUCGCCAAAGGAAGGAAAGAAAGAAUAUAAGAUUAUCACGCAAUAUUCAGUCAUCACAAGUUUUCUUGAAGCGACAUAUUUUGUAUGCUUAUCUGGCAAUUGUUUGUUUUAUCUUGGAGUCUAUUCAACCAUUGCAAUAUUCAAGUGACGUAAACAAGCCCUGAUAUUCUACAAGGGAAGAAAGAGAAACUGUUAAAAGGAUAAAGACACUCUUAAGGAUAUUUCUAUAGAUAUGGAAUACCUCAAGUGAAAUUUUCUCAUCAUCCAUAAAUGAAAUUGAACUCAAGUAAGUAGCAGUCAUUUUUGGAUAUCGCAUUUGUUUAGAAAAGUUUUUUAACAUUUUCUAUACAAUGUCUAUAUUUAGUGAACAUAUGAGAAUCAAAGCCUUAUAGAAACUAUGUUCUGUGGAAUUUCAAUGAUAUCAUUUUGCAUGUUUUACUUGAGUGCUUACAAUUCCAUUGCUUUAUGAAAGAUAGAUUAUAAAUACUAUCAGUAAUUCAGUCGUUCUUAUAUGGCACUUGUUGAUUGUACUUACUUUAUCAAAUUGUUUUGAAUCUUUCUUUCCUACUUUGAGAAGAUGCCUAUAGAGGAAGUGAUAAAUAUGUGUUCAUCCUA